AUGAGCUUCUUCUCCGACUCCACGACCGCCUACGCAUUUGGCACCUGCCUCCUCAUAAUCGUCGCCGCCUUCCUCCUCGUCCAGCCCACCGGCCUGGUCAAAUGGCUGCAAAAGAAAAACUACCAAUACGAAGUCACCUUCGCCCUGUACAUGCUCACGCCCACGGAGAAGUUCAUCUUCAGUGCGUCCCUCUCACAAUCCUGCAAUCCCUCCCGUCCAAACCCUACCAUGCUAACAAACUUCCUCCUACCUAUAGACUCCAUCCUCUUCCUCACCCUCUCGAUGUUCCUCCUCGCCUCCAUCCUCUACCUCCCCGACCACCUCGUCACCAUGACCCGCCGCGCCUACUACUACUGCGCCGGCGACUACAACGGCCCGCGCCACGCCGCCGAAUCGCUCUACGGCACCGCGACGCGCGCGGGUGAUGCCAUGUACGACGCUGCUACGGCGUGGGCGCACAAUGCGUAUCAGGCGACCCUGAAUAAGUCUGCGACCGCGACGGCCGCUGCUGAGGCGGCGAGCCAGGCGGCGGAGACGAUUGUGGGGCAGUUGGGCGUGGAGUGA